AACUUAAAUUUUCUUGUCAUGUAUAUUUAUAUAAUAAAUAUAAGUAAAAAAACAGUAACAAAAUAUUUAAAACGAUCAAUGUUAUUUCUAUAUACAAAGAGAAAUCAAAUAACUACAAAACCUAAAACACAUUAUGAGACCUUGGGAAUAUCUCCAACCUCUACAUUUAAGGAAAUAAAGUCAGCAUAUUAUGAAUUAACAUUAAAAUAUCACCCUGACAAAAAUAAAAGUGAAUUUGCAAAAGAAAAAUUUCAUGAAAUUUCAAAUGCAUAUGAUGUACUCAGCAGAUAUAAUACUCGUAAACAAUAUGAUAGAACUCUUCUAAUUAAAUAUGGAAAUCAACAUCAUAAACAUCAAAAUAUAAAACAUGAAAGAGAACAAAUGGAAUUUGCUGCACAGAAAAUUUAUAAUUUUGAUGAAUGGUUGCAAAAUCACUAUACAAAGAUAUUUGAAAGGCAAAAGCAGACAAGAAUGGCACAAAAAGAACAAGAAUAUGUAGAACAUAAUAAAAUUGACAACAAAAGAAUAUACCUUCUAUUCUUCUAUUUACUGAUAUUCUUAAUAUCAGCAUUAUAUGUAUUUAUAUACAAGGUAAUCCUUAAUAGGAAUAGUAAGAAAGGUAAAUAA